GUAGAAUACCGUCAUCUUUGAUGAUUGCUUUGGAACUUCCCACCAGUAGUACUAGAAACAAUGAAGAGACAUCUGCAAUUAAGCAUUAAACAACUUUCGAGUCACUAUGCAGAUGGGAGUAUUUCGCCUCGCAUUGUCGUAGAUCACUCUCUGGAUGAUGCUGUCAAAUUGAAGCGUUUAAAUGCAUUUAUAAGAUUAUCACCUGAAAAGGCCCUUCAUCAAGCUAAGGAGUCCGAUCAUCGAUACGAAAAUAAAGAGCAAUUGGGCAUACUCGACGGAGUUCCCAUUGCCAUAAAAGAUAAUUUUUGUACUAAAGAAGUAACCACUACUUGUGCUUCAAGAAUGCUUUCAAAUUUUGUACCACCUUUUAAUGCAACGGUUAGUGAGCGUCUGGCAAAUGCCGGUGCUGUAUUAAUCGGGAAAACAAAUAUGGAUCAAUUCGCAAUGGGUUCCGGUACAGUAGAUUCCAUUUUCGGGCCGUCGAAAAAUAUUUGGAGUAAUGAUUUAGUUGAUAAAUGGCACAUUGCUGGUGGAAGCUCUGGAGGUUCGGCAACUGCCGUUGCCGCAGGAAUAUGUUAUGCUGCUAUUGGAUCAGACACGGGUGGGUCCACACGCAACCCUGCGGCAUACUGUGGCGUUGUUGGUUUGAAGCCCACAUAUGGUCUUAUUUCACGUCAUGGUCUCAUCCCGUUGGUAAACUCCAUGGACGUACCCGGUAUUUUCGCACGCAGCGUAGGUGAUUGCCUUGACGUACUAAACGCAAUUGCUGGUCCAGAUGACAGGGACUCCACAACAAUUAGAAAACCAUUUCUAAAAAUUGAUAUGUCAUUUAAUGAGGAGCUUGAUCUUCGAAAUGUACGUAUUGGUAUACCGAAAGAAUAUCAUUGCGAAGGGCUCUCCAGUGAAGUAUUAGAAACAUGGAUGAAAGUGGCGGAUUUGUUGGAAGAUGGCGGAGCCCAUGUGUACCAAGUUUCACUACCGAACACUUCAGCAAGCAUAUUCGUAUACUCCAUAUUGAACCAAUGUGAAGUUGCGAGUAACAUGGCGCGAUACGAUGGCAUCGAGUAUGGACAUCGUGCCAAAAUUGAGAGCAGUACGGAAGAGUUAUAUGCGAAUACGAGAGCCGAAGGUUUUAAUACGGUAGUAAAAACACGUAUUCUGACAGGAAAUUAUUUUUUGCUGCGCAAAAACUAUCAUAAGUACUUUGAAAAGGCACUGCGAGUCCGCAGAUUAAUUUCCGAAGACUUUAAGCGGGUGUUUGAAACUCCCAAAAAUAAUGAAAACAUAGUAGAUGUUUUGCUCACUCCCACCACAUUGACGGAUGCACCCUUAUAUAAUGACUUUGUAUCGCAAAGCAACCGCGAUCAAUGUGCAGUGCAGGACUUUUGCACACAACCUGCCAAUAUGGCAGGAAUACCAGCUAUUUCCAUACCAAUACGUCUUUCGAAACGUGGCCUCCCAAUUGGCCUGCAAUUGAUGAGUAAGUCACUAAACGAAGAAAUGCUACUACGGGUUGCUGGUUGGAUAGAGCAACAAGUAGAAUUCGACUGUUUGGCUAAUGAACAAAUUUAUGCGGCUCGCAGUUAAACCGGCUGCUGAUCAUUUUGAAAUGGAUUUUAUUUUUAUUUAAUUAGUUUUUCAGUUUAAUUAGCUCCGAAAUAUUUAUUUGUUUCAUAAAUAGCUCCGUUAGGCAAGAAAUAAAUGUAAUAAAAUCUGUAAGUGCUUUAAUAUUGAGAUUUUAACUAA